AUGGCAUUCUCGCGGGCGCACCAGCAGCUGUAUAACCUGAAGCAGACCGCCUACCAAGCAUCUGCCAACUCCUUGCACACGAUCCCGAAACCGAUGUUCAGCGACCACGCCGUCCUCGUGGCACAUAAUGCUUGUGAUUACCGCCGAUGGUAA